AUGGCAUUUUUCCAACAAGUUGUAAAAGCAGCACGGCUAAGAAAUGCACGUCUCAAUUAUCAUGAUGAAAAAUUAAAAUCAAUUGCAGUUUCAAGAGGGGCAAAAAUACAUUAUAAUAUUUUUCAAAAAAUUCGUUACGCUAAAUUACUUGUUAAGAAGAGGAUAAAGGAUUUUUUGAAAAAACUUGUCUCCUGUCCGGAGGAUACGUGGUUUCACAAAAAAGCACUACUUUUAAAAACCAAUGGAACAUUUGAGAAUUAUGUAUUAAAAAGUGUUUUUGGAUUUUUUGGUGGAAUUUUUCUCACGUAUCUAUUUUUUAUUUUUUUCGUCUUUCAACUACAAUUUUCAUUAUCAUCUGCAACAUUGUGGUGUUCAUUGCUCGGUAUUGCUUUAACACUUGGUUUGGCUUUUUCCAAGUAUGUCAGGUGUCUUGUUUUUUUGAUAAUGCCACAAUUUUUGUCAAAGCGCGGUCGACAGGCUCUUAUGGCUUAUGCUUUUAUACUUGCACUCACAGGACCAGCCAAAAAUACUUUAAACAAUAUUGGCGUUUUAUCGCAAUCACUUUCUUGUGGCGAAGAACAUUUGAAAGAAGCAGUAAAAUCAAUUCUCGAUUUAAUUCGAGAGCCAUUCAAUGCUCUUAAAGAUGCAAUAACGAAAGUUUUAAAAACAGUAAAAACUGUUGUGAAAAAAAUCAAAAUGACCCUAAUAGCCAUUAAGAGGCUCGUACUCAGUAUUUUAAAAGUAAUUCAAUCAGUUUACGAGUGGUUGGGCUCAAUUGUAAAUAUGUGUAAUAAAAAAUUGGGCACACCUUUCGAAAGAUGUAAUAGAGCCUUCGAAGAGGCUGUGGAUGAUUGUAAAGCAAAAUUAGGAUCAAUUUUCGGCGGUGUUUGUAAUGUGACUUAUGUGGUUGGCGCAAUUUGCUACAUUGUUAAACCAUUUGAUUUCAUUUGUGAACUUGUGUCAUUUUUUUCGGAUGCUAUUGUUAACGUUGUUCGAAAAAAGAUAAAAAAAUUCGCAAAGCACGUGAAGGCUAUAUUUUAUGUAAAAGUAAAAUUUUCCCACUCAUUUCAUUUUGAGAGUAAUCGAAGUCGAACGAAUACUGAUAUUGCAAAGGGAAUUAGCACAGAAAUAAAGCAAAGAACUGAAAAAUACUUUUUGUUCUUCGAUAUGUUGAGCUGCUUGACCAGCGUCUUUAUUUUACUCAUAUUUGUCAGAGUAAUUUUCUAUCGAUAUAAAUGGCUGACGAAUCUACGAUUUGAUAAUCGUUAUUUAACGGAUUAUUUACGUGAAAUUGAUCUCCGAAGAGCGCGAUUGGACAAGGAAACUGUUCUCCCAUUAAAUCCGCGUGAGAGAAAUAAAUAUAUUCCAUUGUCGUCGAUUCGAUUAAUUAAAGCCGAAAAAAUGAAACUUACGAAAUCUGCCGUUUUUAUGAGUUUAAUUUCAUUUAAACUUCUCUUUCAAAUGGCUAUUGAUUACAGUCUCUUUUGGAUUCUCGACGUUAUUAGAUAUCACGGAAGAUUCGAGACAAAAAUACCGGAAAAUUCGGUUCAAGUACACGUGUCAGGAACUGGAUUUUUAGCGGAACUUUAUCGAAGUAUCGUGAAAGCUUUCUCGUUAAAAUCCGAAGAGGAGGAAAUUAAUAUGGUCCCAUGCUUACCGGAUCCAAUACCACCAAAUUACGAUAGAUAUUUACAAAUUCUCACCCUCAUGUUCUUCUGUUGGUUAAUUAUUAUCUUCGAACCCUACGGUUUGCGUAUGCGACAAUGUGUCAUGAUUUCCUAUCAUCCAGAAAGGGCCAAGGAGCGCGCUGUUUGGCUCUAUAAUCACAUCCUGAGAUCAAGAGGCAAUUUCCUGAAAUUCGCGAGACGACAACUAAGAAGAAAAUUUGGUAUGCAGGGUGCACAUCAGACUACGGAAAAAGUGACACUAAAGGAGAGAUUAACGGCAAUUUGUCCCCUUUUGAGAAAAUGCUUCUCUUCUGAAGAAAGAAUUUGCCUUUUGUGUGGCGCUAUCGAGAGGGACAAGGAAAUUCCUCACAUUAAAUGUCCAACGCCAAAUUGCGUUGGUCUAUUUUGUCCGCAAUGUUUCAAGGAUUUGGAGAAUAUGUGCACCGUUUGUAAAACACCAAUGGAUUAUGGCGAUUUUUCCGAUAUCAGUGAAGAAAAAGAUUCCUCGGAAGAAGAGGCUAAGAGAAGAAAAUCUAAAAUAUCGGAUGCAAAAGAGAAAUUAGAAGACUCAAAGUACUCGAAGGGUAAAAUAGAAGAGGGAGUGGAUCUCGUAGAGGAAGAUAUCAGCUCUGUUUCUUCUUCCACUGAAUACAGUUACACGUAUCAAGAUGAUGAAUCUCAAAUUGACAAAAGUCUUCCUCAAAAAACUCCAUUUAAAGACGUUGAAGCUCAAACAUUACGCGACGAUGUUUCUACUCAGAAUUAUCAAUCGGGUAGUUUUGAAGAGAGUGAUAAAUCAAAGUAUUCAACAUCGUCUUCAGUAACGUCAGCAAAUGAAGAUAUCACAGAAUUGUCGAGGUCAAUAAAAACUCAACGUGAUUCCAGUGAAUCCCAAGAAGAUACGAAAAAUUAUAUCGAUGUCACUGGUCAGCAAAUAUUGGCGCAAGAGAAAAAUACAAUAAUGAAGAAAUAA